AAAGUGACAGCCAGGGACCAAGCUGGGAGAGUAGAGAAAGUGAGCUCCAUGAAAAUGGCAACCUUCCAUUUAAAAUCUCCCAAAAACUAUGCGAUUCAAGCUGUCCACGAGCUUCAUCGAAUUCAACAACACCAACACCAACACCAACGCCAUUGACUGUUAGCUCCUUCCAAAUUUCCUCUCAAAUCGCCUCUCAUUUUCCCCUUUCUUUAAUACCCACUUCCGAAAAGGACACUCGUUUCUUCUCUGCUCUUCCAGUCACCCACACGCUCCCUCAGCCCCUUUCGAGCUCUCAAAAUGGCUGCCACUGCCCUGCUUCUCUCUCCCUGCUCCAUUUUCCCUCUCUGAUGGCUCUUUUUCCCCUUCCAAAAAGGCUGAGCCUACCUGCCAAUUGAUUCCUGCUUUCACCGUCAACCAUGAAAGCUCGAUCGGAGAACGGAUGGCAUUGCAUCAAGUCUCUUCACUUUCGAGGUAAACCAGCCAACGAUUUGUGCUUGUUGGAGAAGGUGAAGACCUCUGCCGGUACUCCAGGCGAAGCGCCCGUCUAUCUCAACGUGUAUGACUUAACACCUGCAAAUGGCUACGUCUAUUGGGCUGGCCUCGGUAUAUUUCACUCUGGUAUCGAAGUUUAUGGCAUUGAAUAUGCCUUCGGAGCCCACGACUACCCGACAAGUGGCAUCUUUGAGGUCGAACCUCGAACAUGCCCCGGCUUCAAGUUUAGGAAGUCAAUUUAUAUCGGUACGACUUGCUUGGACCCAAUCCAAGUUAGAGACUUCAUGGAACGUCAAGCUGCAAACUAUCACGGCAAUUCAUAUCACUUGAUCGUGAAGAAUUGCAACCAUUUCUGUGAGGAUAUAUGCAGAAAACUAACCGGAAAACGCAUACCGAAAUGGAUUAAUCGGCUUGCAAGGAUAGGUUCAAAAUGCAACUGCAUUCUCCCCAAGGCACUUAAGGCGACAACCAUGGAACACGACCCGAGCUUCGAAGGACAGGACAGCGAAAAGAAACGGCUAAGAAGCGGGUUCGGUUGCUUAUCCUCGAUCUCCAUGAAUCAGAAGGAAGUUUCAAUAUCUUCACUGUUUCUACACUCUCAUUAUAAAGGCUGCCUGCCUCCAUGGGAGCUGAAAAGAUCCAAAAGUUGGUCAUUCAAGUAAGGAGAAGACGACCGAACUACCUACCCCGACGAUCCGAGCUAGCUGACAAGUUUCUUCUUCCAGCUCUCGAGAUAAUAGCCAUGGGAGCUAACCGGUAUGAGCUUUGUUUCUGAUCAUUGAGUUGGGGGAUAAUUCAUUCAUGAUAUUUCCAUGGCUAUGGUCUUUAUAGAGAUGAUCGAACGACUCGUAAGGGUAUGUGAGUUGGAUCGAUUCGAAUUUUCGAAACUGUUUGUAUUUAUUGUGGAUCUUCUUGAUCAAAUCUGGCUUGAAAUUGAAAAGGAAUGAUGUUUUGCUUUUUGGUUGAACUGGAAAGUAGAUCAUUAUAACUGUCCAAGAUCU